UCAGAAUUUAUAUUAAAAAUUACAUAUUUUUGAUAAAAAAAGAAAUGAUAUGGUUAUGAUCUUAAAAAUGAUACAAAUAUCGCAUCUAUUUGUGUGAUAAAACAUGGGGCCCUAAUUUAAACGAGUAUAAUACAAAUACAAAUGAGAAUCUUGAUUGGGCGGCAAACGCUUAAUCCCUACUACCGUCUUGCUUACGUCAUGUCAAAGUACGUUUCUCUAUUCCUCCUCUUCACGGCGGUGGCGGCAUUCAACACCACCGCCGUUACGGCCGCUGCUAUUACUACAACUUCCACCAAGUCCCGCCACCUCUCCUCCAUAAAUUCCCCGUCGCCGGGACCUUCCCCAUUGAUUCAACCCCAACACCCUAUCCCUCGUCCACCAAUUUCACCACCACCACCACCGCCACCCAUCUCUAUACGAUCACCGCCUCCUCCGCCUACACGACCGGAGUAUAUGCAGCAACAACAACUCAAGAACAUAAUCGACGCCCUAAUCGGCGCCGGCGACUUCGCAGCGUGGGCAAAUAUCCUCUUUAAUCCAAAGAUAAAUUCAUCGAUCCCCACUAGCACCACCGCCGCACUCAUCCCAACCACCGCCACCAUGUUUGUCCCCGGCAACGAUGCUCUGUCCCACCUCUCGGCCUCCGCCACCGGCGCCUACAAUUUCGACCCAUUCAUCAUCCCUUACCACAUCCUCCCACAACGACUCACGUUCUCGGAGCUUCAACUCUUCAAAACCCAAACUCGACUCCCCACACUAUUGCCCUCAAAAACAAUCAUAAUCACGAACAAUACCCCUUCCAAUUUCACCAUUGAUGAUUCCUUGAUCAUGCAACCUGAUAUUUACCAAAACCCCGCCGUCUGCGUCCAUGGUAUCGCAGCCAUCCUCGACUAUACAAUGUACGGCGAAGCUCCUCCGGCUCCUCCUGCUUCACCUCCGCCCCCGGCGUCGACGCUUGAUGAAACGUUAACUCCGUCACCAGAAGUUGCAAGAAAUUGUAGUUCAGAUCUUGUGUUUUCCGACGAUGAUUUCUUCUUCUUUAUGAUGGUAAUUCUUGCUUGCGUUGUUUUUAUCCCUAAUUGGUAGAAACCCCCUUUUCAAUUUUGUUAAUAUCAAAUAUUCGGUGGAGUUCUUCUCAAGAACUGAAAAUUGUUUGAAAUCACCGGUUUACCGGAUAGUUGUGACUGUACAUUGUACAUGACAUUGGUCGAUUUGUUAAAAGAUUGUAAUUGUUUGUGAGAAUUACAUAAAUAGCCCCUGAAGUAUUCUUCAGUUACAAUUU